AUGUGCUUCUGGCCCCAAAAGACCAAGUGCCUCAACCAGGAGGGUCCUGAUGCAGAGAACAACUUGCCUGUUAUGUCCUUAGGUCGUCGGGAUGGCACUGUGGCUCCUGUAUCUCUCCAGUCAGCCUCCAGUGUCCUCCAGUCCAAGGACUUAAUCCGCUGCCUGCCACCUCACCUCUCCAUGUACAUCCUGGGACGUUUGGAUCAAAAAUCCCUCAAUGCAUGUGCUGCUGUGAACAGCUGCUGGGCUUUUCUGGCCAAAGAAGUCAAGAGGGAACUCACGUGUCAAAGCUCAGUGCGGGACAACAUCCGCGUCCUGCAGGGGCUGUGCCCUAGAGGAGCAAUUUCAAACUAUGCCAAGACAGUGGAUGUGACAAUUCCCCAGUUAAAUGAGGAGGGUGAUGUCAUUGCAGAGCAAGGCGACAAGCUGGGGAGUGAGACAAAGGAAGACAAUCUGCAGGCAGCCUAUCGUGACCUGAAAACUGAGACAAUCCAGCUGGAAGAGAGAAAUGUCUUUUGUGGCUCCUACAAUAUUCGUGUCCUCAUGGACCAACCAGACCGGAGCAGAGUAAUCCAUUACAGCGGUGGGAACGUGGUGGCCAUUGGCUCUGCAGACAGGAAAGUGAGGCUGCUCAGGAUAUCAGGAAUGGAGGAAAUGUCUCCUGGGAUGUUGGAAAAGAAGGAAGUGUCUCCUGUGCUCUCUGGCCACGCUGGGAGCAUCAGAGCACUUUUCCUCCAUGAGGAGAAAGGGUUUGUUCUCAGCGCAGGCUUCGAUCUCAGCAUCAGGUGCUGGGAUAUAUACAGUGGUGCUUGUGUGAAGAUCUUCAAUGGCCACUGUGGGACGAUCACCUGCUUGGACUUACAUGAGGAGCAGUUUGUGUCAGGAGCCAGAGAUGGGAUGGUGAAAGUGUGGAACCUGAGGAGUGGGAAAUGUCUCAGGACUCUGAAGCACAGCAGUGCCCUCUGGGCAGUGAAGAUGGAUGGAACCCGUGUGGUCAGUGGGAGUCAGCGAGGGCUGGUGAAGGUCUGGUGUGCUGGCACAGGCACCCUGAUCAAGACAUUAGAGGGGCACCAAGGCCCAGUGAAGUGCUUGGCCUUUGAUCAGUGGCACCUUGUCACAGGAAGCACCGAUGGAUACGUCCUGGGAUGGAGCAUGUUGGGAGAGCUCAAGAGAUGCCUCAUAGCUUUCCGCCACCCGAAGGAGAUUCAAGCCCUGGAGUUCCUCUAUCUCCGAGUCAUCAGUGGCUGUGCUGAUGGAAACAUCCGGAUCUUUAACUACCUGACUGGAAGCUGCCUGAAAGUGCUGAUGGCCAAUGGCAGAGGGAACCCCAUCUCUUCAUUCUGUGUUGCAGGAAACAGGAUGGUGAUCAACUCCCCAGCUAGUCUAUUGCUGUUCCAGUUUGAGGAUGUCAGGUGGAACUACACCUUAGACACUGACCGAGAGAUGGUGGGGAAGAAAAACCAGCCAGCUGGGACUUCAUGUGGAACACCACUGCACCUGCAGCAGACUCCAGGCCACCACCUCAGCCAGAGGCACCAGCUUGCUCUGGAGAUGCAAAACACUGACCAGCUCAUGCGAGUUUCUGUGCCCUUUGAAACAAAAAAGCUGUGGCUGAAGCUGAAGAACUCUUUGCACGGGCCCGUGGUGAGAUCCUCCAUCCCUGCUCCCUCCGCUGUACGUCCCAAGACCUAUCCCUCCCGGAGGGACAACGAGUUCAGGCUUCUGACGGGAAGACAGAAGGAGGAGCAGGAGGCAGCUGCUGCGGCUCAGUACCAAGCACGCCUGGCAAAGCUCACACAAGAGCAGGAAAGAGCAAGCAAGAAGGCCUGGUUGAGGAAAAUUAAAGGUCUACCUGUAGAUUCUUUCACUGAGGAGGGGAAAACACCUGCUCCUGAACUCGGGCAUAACACGUUUAUCUGA